CAGUACGUGCUUGAGCCUGCCCGAAAAUGUUCUCCCGUGUUGUUGGAUUUCGAAGGAGCGCAAGACUUUGCGGUGGAAUAAUACAUUUUUAUCCGUGAGGAAACCAACAGCAAUCCGCAUGUGUGGGAACUGAAGUUACUCGCAGUUCCAUUCCUGGGUGAAACUGUGAUUUGGGGGCGGCUCAAACGGGAAGUUUGUGUGAUCGUUUUUCCCGGAGUGAUGUCGAAUCCUGGGAGUCGGAGGAACGGGUCCAGCAUCAAAAUCCGACUGACAGUGUUAUGUGCCAAGAACCUCGCAAAGAAAGACUUCUUUCGUCUGCCAGAUCCAUUUGCUAAGGUCGUGGUGGACGGAUCAGGUCAAUGCCACUCUACAGAUACAGUCAAGAGCACACUGGACCCCAAAUGGAAUCAGCACUAUGAUCUCUACAUUGGGAAGACAGACUCCAUCACCAUCAGCAUAUGGAACCACAAGAAGAUCCAUAAACGACAGGGGGCAGGUUUUCUGGGCUGCAUACGACUGCUUUCCAAUGCCAUCAGCAGGCUAAAAGAUACAGGAUACCAGCGUCUAGAUCUAUGUAAGCUGAACCCGUCUGACAGUGAUGCAGUGCGGGGGCAGAUUGUAGUGAGUCUGCAGACACGAGACCGCAUUGGCAGCGGAGGUCCUGUUGUGGACUGUAGAGGACUGCUGGAAAAUGAUGGGCCUGUGUUUGAGGGAUGUUUCAGUGAAGAACCGUUGCCCUACUCUGAUCCCACUGGUGCUGCAGGAGGCGGGAACUGUCGGCUUGACUCUCCCAGUCAGGAGAGCCGUCUUCAGACACAGCGAAUCAGAGGGCAGGACUCCAGAGGUCAUGGCCACACCCCUCAGAACAGACCUCAUGGGCACCAACCGCCUGACCUGCCAGAGGGAUACGAGCAGCGAACAACAGUGCAGGGCCAGGUGUACUUCCUUCACACACAGACAGGCGUCAGCACCUGGCAUGACCCCCGGAUACCACGGGAUUUGGCCAGCGUGAGCUGCGAGGAACUCGGCCCAUUACCGGUGGGCUGGGAGGUCCGAAGCACUGUGUCUGGCCGGAUCUACUUUGUGGACCACAACAACCGAACCACACAGUUCACAGACCCGCGCCUACACAACAUAAUCAGCCAGCAAUCCCAAGUGAAGGAAUCCUCCCAGGCCCCCCAGAUGGAUGUGGGGAGUGAGGAAGGGGGAGGUGGAGGAGUGAGCAGCGGCGGAGGAGGAGGAGAUGGAGAUGUGGCGGCGCGAUAUGAGAGAGAUUUGGUGCAUAAGUUAAAGCUGCUCCGCCAUGAACUGUCACUGCAGCAGCCUCAAGCGGGACACUGUCGCAUAGAGGUGUCCCGAGAGGAGAUCUUUGAGGAGUCAUACCGGCAGAUAAUGAAGAUGAGGCCCAAAGACUUGAAGAAACGGCUAAUGGUGAAGUUCAGGGGAGAGGAAGGCCUGGAUUAUGGUGGGGUGGCCAGGGAGUGGUUGUACCUGCUGUGCCAUGAAAUGUUGAACCCCUAUUACGGCCUAUUCCAGUACUCAACAGACAAUAUCUACACACUACAGAUCAACCCAGACUCCUCCAUCAACCCUGACCACCUGUCAUAUUUCCACUUUGUGGGUCGUGUGAUGGGCCUGGCAGUUUUUCACGGUCACUACAUCAACGGGAGCUUCACGUUGCCCUUUUACAAACAGCUCCUGGGCAAACCCAUCCAGCUCAACGACCUGGAGACCACCGACCCCGAGUUGCACAAGAGCCUCGUCUGGAUAUUAGAGAAUGACAUCACUUCAGUUCUCGAUCACACGUUCUGCGUGGAGCACAACGCCUUUGGGAAGUUCUCACAGCACGAACUCAAGCCUAAUGGCCGUAAUAUCUGUGUCACUGAGGAGAACAAGAAGGAAUAUGUAAGACUUUAUGUGAACUGGAGGUUUAUGCGUGGAAUUGAAGCCCAGUUUCUGGCACUACAGAAAGGGUUCAGUGAACUCAUCCCACAGCACCUCCUCAAACUCGACCAUAAAGAACUUGAGUUGAUCAUUGGUGGACUAGGAAAAAUAGACCUUGCAGACUGGAAGACUAACACUCGUCUGAAACACUGCUCAAGUGAAAGCAAUGUGGUGCGGUGGUUCUGGCAGGCAGUGGAGGCCUUCAGUGAAGAGAGGAGAGGACGCCUCCUGCAGUUUGUCACGGGCUCCACCAGGGUCCCACUACAGGGGUUCAAAGCGCUGCAGGGUUCUGCAGGACCAAGGCUCUUCACCAUCCACUUAAUAGAUGCCAACACAGAAAACUUGCCCAAGGCUCACACAUGUUUCAACAGGAUAGACAUCCCUCCCUAUGAGUCUUAUGAGAAGCUUUACGAGAAACUGCUGACUGCUGUGGAGGAGACCUGCGGCUUUGCUGUGGAGUGAUGAAUCCACACACACUUGGCACUUGCACGUGCACACAGACUAUGUGACAUUUUACAUAUAUGCACACACACAGACCGAAUACCAAGUAUACACCAAGUAUACAGAGCAGCCAAGCAUCACAAGAACACACUCUCUCCUGCCACCCCUUCACCUCCCAAUCUCUUGGAGGUUAAAGGAGGAAGCACAGCGGGGGUAGGAAAAAAAGAAGAAGAA